CCUCUGUCUUAACUUUCUCGCACCUUCGAGUUGUACCUCCACGGGGCUAGAGGGGCCGGGGAGCGCAUCCCGCCCCCGCCCCCACCGACGCCGCCGCCGCCGCCUCCCCCGCUGCCGCUGCCCACACACUCGGAGUCCCUGGCCUCGCUUCCGGAGGCCGGGGUGCUGCGGGCGCGCGGGCGCCGGCUCCCGGCACGUUCCAACCCGCGCGCCUGCCGGCCAGGGCCUCGGCGGCGCACGCCCAUUUCCGGAUCUGGGUCCUGGCGCUUCCGGGCCUAGCUGUCGGGGGCAUCUAGGAGGGUCUACUACAGACCUCCAGAUGUCAGCCUCUGGAACUCAGUAGAGGAUGAGUCCUCAGCUUUCCUUUCACUGGUAAGUCACUCUUCCCAGCUGCUCUCCCAUCACUGCUACCCUCAUGUCUGCCUUACUCCUCAAUCUGGAUUUUGGCCAACCUCCCCCCAAGAAGACGUUAGAGGGGAAUGCUAAGCACCAGAGUUUUGUCAAGAAGCGGCGGUUCCUGGAACAGAGGGGUGUUCUGAACAAGAAGAACCAAUUCCCUAGAAAAGUGCCUAAGUUGCACUCAGAAGCUUCAAAGAAAGGGGAAACUCCUAAAGUAGAUGGCACCAGGAAGACGGCUGCCUCCAGUGGAGCGCCAGGGCAGUCCUUGAACAAGAAAGUUGCUGUGCCAUGGCUGACCCCUGCCUCCUCCCAGAAGGCCAGUACUGUUGCAGCUAAAGUAGAUUUGUUGGGGGAAUUCCAGAGUGCCCUUCCAAAGAUUAAGAGUCACCCAAGUGGCUCCCAGAAGAAGGGGCCCCAGAAAAACUCGUCUCAGAAGGAUGCUCCCCAGAACUUCACCUCAGCUUCCACAGAGAGUAAGAGCUCUGGAGCCUUCCAGCAGGUGCCAAGUAAGAUGGUGGCAAUCGAUUGUGAGAUGGUGGGCACAGGACCCAAGGGCCAUGUCAGCUCCUUGGCGAGAUGCAGUAUUGUCAACUACAAUGGAGAUGUGCUUUAUGAUGAGUACAUUCUGCCCCCCUGCCCCAUCGUGGACUACCGCACCAGGUGGAGUGGCAUCCGGAAACAGCACAUGGUGAACGCUACACCUUUUAAGAUUGCUCAGAGCCAGAUCUUGAAGAUACUCACGGGGAAGAUAGUGGUAGGCCAUGCCAUCCACAACGAUUUCAAAGCCCUUCAGUACUUCCAUCCCAAGUCCCUCACCCGUGACACCUCUCACAUUCCCCCCCUCAACCGUAAGGCUGACUGCCCAGAGAAUGCUACUGUGUCUUUGAAGCAACUCACCAAGAAGCUGCUGAGCAGGGACAUUCAGGUUGGGAAAAGAGGACACUCCUCAGUGGAGGACGCUCAGGCCACCAUGGAACUGUACAAGUUGGUUGAGGUUGAGUGGGAACAGCACCUGAUACAGAAUCCCCCCAAAAACUAAUGGGAGCAUGACUGCUGUUGACAUGAGGCAGCAGAGGCAGCGCACAGAACAAACAAGGUUGUAGCCCUGCAGAUUUUACCAUUUUCACCUGCUGGAAGCUAGAACUGGGGAGAGAAAGGCUUCACUUCUGACUUACUAUUCAUUGAAAUUUCACCUCAA